AUGGUUGUACUUGAUUUCCGGUUUCAUAAGUUGUAUGGCCAAGAUUCAAGUGCACAAGUAAGUAGAAUCAAAGAGAUGUGUUAUGAUUUUCUCAAUGAUUAUCAACAGAUUAGACUUAGAGAUGCACAACCUACCGCUCCAUCCAUUAGUACAACUGUUGUUGUUGAUGACGAGGCUGAAUUUGAUGUAUACGUUGAGACGAUUGCAGAAAACUCAAGUUCAAGUGUUAAGUAUGAGUUGGAUCAUUAUUCGAAGGAGUCAGUUAUAAAAAAACUUUUGAUUUUGACAUUUUGA